AUGCUCCACGCACAAUUGUGCAUCAAAACAUCCAUGUCGAAUAAUCAUAUUCUUUUUUUCAUUUCUUUUCAAUUCGCUAUUUUUUUCCUUAACUUUUUAGUGUUGCCCCAUUACAAAGCACUCGCCUGGUUGAAAGCAAUGAAGAAGAUCAAUCGCCAAGUUGCAUUCUGGUACAAAGAACUGCAACAAUAUGAUAUUACAGACCAAUACCAAAAAGAAAAAGAACAUGGUGAUGCAGAUGCACUAGCUCGCAGACCAACUGCAGCAAAAACAGAGACAGAAAAGCAAUUCCGAUUAAGCUUGGCAUUUAAUUUACCAUAUAUCGUGUUUUGUUUUACUCGACUAAUAAAUAUCACCAAAAGAAGAGGUUUGCGAACGGAAAAUCGUCGAAUGUCAUCAGCACAUUCCAACAGGAGUGUGUCAAGCGCUCAAAUCAAAGUGUUUUGUGUUAAUGCAAAAGUGUGUAUAAUCGGCGAAUUGCUGCAUUUAUUUUCUCAUAAUAUUGAAAUUUUUGAUCAAAAUUAUAGAUGGUCACAAAAAGUGUGUCAAGGACAACCUGCUAGUGCUUUGCUAGGUCAAAGUGAUUUUGAAACUACUAAUUGCGCAGUUGGUGGAGGAAAUUGUGGUGGUCAAGCAUUUAAAGCACAGUCUAUCACUCAAUUAAUUGCUCUUGUAUUUCCGUCUAUUAUUACAAAUGUGUGCUCUAAACACAUGUGA